AUCUCACGUGGUCCGUCUUGUGACAACCGGAAGCAGGAACAACAACAUCAGUGCGAGGAUGCUGCUGCAGCAUUGACACUCUGUUUUACUCUUUAUUUAGGGACACAAACGCAACCAUGACUUCGACCAUAAAGGAAACGCAAAGCAUCAAAGAAGCGGUGAAUUUCAUCAACACGAUCGACGUGAACAAGUUCUCCAGGCUGCUCUCCCGCAUCAUUCAAAAGCUUCAUGUGAAGGGAGAGCGGACAUUCAGUGAAGACGAAGAAGAAAAACUCCAGGCUGCUCUGUCGUUAGACAAACAUGCUCUUAACUUGGUCCUGGAAACAGCUGCCUUUAUUCUGGAGCAGGCAGCGUAUCAUAGCAUAAAGCCUGCCUCCCUGCAGCAGCAGCUUGAGGGGAUCCAUCUAGACUCAGAUAAGGCCGAGGCCUUUUCUCAGUCCUGGGCGUCUGCUGGACCUGAGCUGGUGGAGAAAUUGAAGCGUAACACAUUUGCCCCCAAGAAGCUGGACUUUGUCAGCUGGCAGCUGAACCUGCAGAUGGCCCAGUCCAGCCAGGCCCGUCUGAAGUCUCCCAGUGCCGUCCUCCAGCUGGGGGUCCGUAAGGAAGAUUCUGAGGCUCAGGAAAACGUCUUUGUGGAAUUCAACCACCAGCAGCUUCUUGAGUUCUACGAUAAGCUUGAAAUUGUCCAAGGCCAGUUGGAUUCCCUGACCUGAUGUCCGAUAAGCCAAACAGACACGUUCUUAAUGUUGAGGCCAACCAAUUCCAGUCCUGCUCAGAUUAGAGAAAAAGAGUCUAACAUGAGUUAUAACAAGUUUCUGUCUGUGUUUAAGUUUCUUCGCAUUCCAGUCCGUGCUCAUUAUUAUCAUUAUUAUUUGUUCUACUGCAUGUAGAAAGUGACUUAAUGCUCACUUGUUGUAAACAUUUGCUACAGUGAGAUCCCUUAAGACUAAAAGUGCCAUUGCUCUGUUGUCUUAAAUUUUGUAUAAACAAAAUGAUUCACUUUAAGAGUGAGUUUCAUUUAUUGCUGUUGUAUUAAACCAUGAAUUGGACAUAACAUCUA